UGUCUUUUUUUCUUUUGGUGGGUUGGGUUUUGCUUUGAAUCUAUAAACCCUUGGGGUUCUUCAAGGACCAGGAGAUGCAUGUGUGCCACAAAGCCCAGCCUGGCUUCCCCUCCGGAAGUGAUGUCUGCCUCCUGGGCUCCAUCCCAAGUACCCUGUGUUCAGUCCUGAACAAUAAAAUGCCAGAAGAGAUGGACAAGCCACUGAUCAGCCACCGCCUGGUGGAUAGUGAUGGCAGCCUGGCCGAGGCCUCCAAUGAGGCCCCCAAAGUGGGCAUCCUGGGUAGUGGGGACUUUGCCCGCUCUCUGGCCACACGCCUGGUGGGCUCUGGCUUCAGCGUGGUGGUGGGAAGCCGCAACCCCAAACGUAUGGUUGGGCUGUUCCCGUCAGCAGCACAAGUAACUUUCCAGGCAGAGGCGAUAGACUCCCCUGAGGUGAUCUUUGUGGCCACAUUCCGAGAGCACUACUCCUCACUGUGUGGUCUCAGUGACCAGCUAGCCGGCAAGAUAUUGGUAGAUGUGAGCAAUCCUACAGAGCAAGAGCACCUUCAGCACCGUGAGUCCAAUGCUGAGUACCUGGCCUCCCUCUUCCCUACCUGCACCGUGGUCAAGGCCUUCAAUGUCAUCUCUGCCUGGACCUUGCAACGUGGCCCAAGGGAUGGGAACCGGCAGGUGCCCAUCUGUAGUGAUCAGCCAGAAGCCAAGCGUGUUGUCUCAGAGCUGGCUCACACCAUGGGCUUCAUGCCUAUGGACAUGGGGCCCCUGGCCUCAGCCCGGGAGGUGGAGGCCAUGCCUUUGCACCUCCUCCCAAGCUGGAAGGUGCCUACCAUCCUGGCCCUGUGGCUCUUUCUCUUCUUCUACGCCUACAACUUCAUCCGGGAUGUGCUGCAGCCCUAUGUGCAGGAGGGCAAGAACAAGUUCUACAAGCUCCCCCUGUCUGUGGUCAACACGACGCUGCCAUGUGUGGCCUAUGUGCUGCUGUCACUGGUCUACCUGCCGGGCACACUGGCAGCCACCCUGCAGCUGUGGCGUGGCACCAAGUACCGCCGCUUCCCUGACUGGCUGGACCAUUGGCUGCAGCACCGCAAGCAGAUUGGCCUGCUCAGCUUCUUCUGCGCUGCCUUGCACGCCAUCUACAGCGUCUGCCUGCCUGUGCGCGUCUCCUACCGCUAUGAUCUGGUCAACCUCGCCAUUAAGCAGGUCUUGACCAACAAGAGUCACCUCUGGGUUGAGGAAAAUGUUUGGCGGAUGGAGAUAUAUCUCUCCCUGGGAGUCCUGGCCCUUGGCACACUGUCCCUACUGGCUGUCACCUCACUGCCAUCCAUUGCCAACUCACUCAACUGGAGGGAGUUCAGCUUCUUUCAGUCCACUCUAGGUUUUGUGGCCCUGGUGCUGAGCACCCUGCACACGCUCACCUAUGGCUGGACCCGUGCUUUUGAGGAGAGCCGCUACAAGUUCUACUUACCUCCCACCUUCACACUCACGCUGCUGGUGCCCUGCGUUGUCAUCCUGGCCAAGAUCCUGUUCUUCCUGCCCUGCUUACGCCACAGACUCUCCAAGAUCCGGAGGGGCUGGGAGAAGGACAGCGCUGUCAAGUUCACACUGCCAAUGGACCAUGCCUUGACCCAGAAGACAAGCCACGUGUGAGGAGCUUGCACCUGGCUUUGGAAACCAGAUGCAGGCAAGACAGUGCCCUGAGCCUGUCAGGACCUUUUUUCCCUGACUGAGCAGUAAGGUGUAAUUGUGCACAAAUUGGUGGUUUGAGGUCUGAAUUCCUGGGAUGCUUAUGUAUUCAGUAAUAUUCAGAAUGACACACAUGUGCGUGUAAUAUAUAGGUUCAUAUAUAUUUCAUAUAU